AUGGCGUCAAAGAAAUCAGAGAAGGCAAAGGUUCCAAUUCAACCCGUUCCAGAGAAACGCGGUUAUGAGUUUCAAGGCCCUAUCGGAGCUUUUGGAAUCAUCUUCGGCCUUCCCUGUCUGCUCUACGCGUUCACCUUCCUCUGCAACGAUGUAUCCGGUUGUCCUGCGCCGUCGCUUCUGCACCCAUCGACACUGUCAAUUGAUAAGCUGAAAGAGGAGGUCGGUUGGCCGGAGGACGGAAUCAAAGCUUUCUAUGAUACUCAGGUUACCCUGUGGGUUCUGAGCUAUUAUUUCCUAAGUCUGCUCAUGCAGGUGUUCCUCCCUGGCACAGAGGUUGAAGGUACCGAGCUGGCUUGUGGAGGGAGACUCCAGUACAAAUUCAAUGCAUUCCUGUCGGCUGUCUUGAUCCUGUCAGGCUGUGCGGUGGGCACGUACUUGUACGGCGCGGAGUUCGCGGUAUGGACUUUCCUCUGGGAUAACUAUCUGCAGGUGAUCACUGCGAACCUGGUCAUCUGCACGGUCAUCGCGAUCUUCGUUUACCUCAGAAGUUUCUCGGUUCCCGCUCCUGGUCAACUGAACCCUGAGCGUCGGCAACUGGCUCCUGGCGGACACACAGGCAACGUCCUGUAUGACUUCUUCAUUGGCCGGGAGCUUAACCCCCGAAUCAAGCUACCCAUUCCGUUCGUGAGUGAGACAGCGCGGACGAUUGACAUCAAGGUGUGGUGUGAGAUGAGACCUGGCUUGCUUGGAUGGAUCAUCCUGAAUUUGUCGAAUAUCGCCCAUCAAUACCGCACAUACGGCUACAUCACCGAUUCGAUCGUCUUGACGACUGCGUUCCAAGCCUUCUACGUCCUUGAUGGUCUUUACAUGGAACCAGCUCUUUUGACGACCAUGGACGUUAUCAUGGACGGCUUCGGUUUCAUGCUCUCCUUCGGCGACAUGGUUUGGGUUCCGUUCCUCUACAAUUUCCAAACCAGAUACCUCAGUGUCUACCCCUCUGAGCUCGGCCUGAGUGGGAUCCUCAUCGUGUUUGCCGUCACAGCCGCAGGAUAUUCCAUUUUCCGUGGUGCCAACAACCAGAAAAACCGCUUCCGCACCGAUCCAAAUGACCCCCGCGUGAAGCACCUCAAGUAUAUCGAGACGAAGACCGGCUCGAAGCUGCUCAUUUCCGGCUGGUGGGGUUGCGCACGUCACAUCAACUACCUUGGCGACUGGAUCAUGUCUUGGUCCUACUGCCUCCCAACCGGCGUUGCAGGGUAUGCGAUUAUUGAGAGUAUCAACCCGGCUUCUGGUGAGAUGCAGAAGCAGGCUGUCCAGACUCCCGAAUCUCGCGGCUGGGGAAUGGUUUUUACGUACUUUUACAUGAUCUACUUCGGUGUCCUGCUUCUUCACCGCGAGAGACGUGAUGAGGAGAAGUGCAAGCGGAAGUAUGGUGCCGACUGGGACCGCUAUACAUCUCUGGUACGCAGCAGAAUCAUCCCUGGCAUCUACUAA